AUGAACAGUUCAGACUGUUAUAUAGGUAGUACAAAUGCAAAACUAUUACGUCCACCAAUGACGAGUAUUUUAUCUAAAUCAGAAUAUAAUAUAGGUUCAACACCCUUAAUAAAUAAUUCUACUACAUAUUAUGAUACUCAAAAUAUUUCUGUACAACGCUUCUUUACUAAUGAGAAUUUUGCAAGGGAUCAACAUUUAGGUAAGCAUCAAGUUAUGGCACCUCCUCAACCUACUUCAACAUCUCUAUUCCAAUCUGUAAAUUUGAAUAAAUGGCCUUUUAUACCACAAAAUUCAGAUCCAAUAUUGAAUUUACCUGUGCAGAAUACUGCAAAUUUGAUUACACCAAUUAACAUGCAACCUAAAAUCCCACAACGUUUUUCGUCUUAUACAGAUUCAUAUGCUGCAAAUUCACAAGUACAGCCUCAGUUAAUGAUGCAAUAUCCAUAUAAUAUACCUUAUUUAGGACAAAUGUCCUCAGAAUCUUCUUUAGGGGGAUAUCCAAUGUUUCAGAGAAAUCCAUAUACAGCAAAUAAUCAAACUUAUCCUUUUACUAAUACUUCCCAUAAUCACAUAAAUACUACGAAUUUAUUUCCAAAUAUGAUCCAAAUACCAAGAAACCCUCAAAUUUCUGGAUUACAACCUCAAGUACCUCAAUUAUCUACUUCUAUACCUAAACAAACUAGUAGAUUUCCUCAAACUUCAUAUACUUUAAAUAAUAAUAUAUCUACAAAUUAUACAACAUAUUUACCUUUUACAGAUGAUAAUACACUUAUGGAUAUAUCUUUUAAUAACCCUCACAAAAAUGAUAGAAUUAUAGAUUUUGUGAGAAAUAUCACAGAUAAUUCAUGUCAAGUAUCUGAUAGAAUAGAUGUUUCACUCAAAUAUAAUGAAGUGACCCAACCAAAAAUUGGAGGUGCAACAAUUAAAGGUUUUAAGCCUACUCUUUCUAUUGGUAAUCAAGAUCGAGCUAUUUUAAUGGAAUAUGGUCCAAGAGCAUCAGCUUAUGCUGUUUUUGAUGGACAUGGUCCUCAGGGAGAUAUAAUUGCAGAAUAUGUUUGUAAUCACUUUACAAGUGCUCUAAAUCAACUCUUAAAUCCAUAUAAAUUUGCAACUUGUCAACAGAUGGAACCUCCAACUCGUCAGCAGAUGCGAAAUUACUUUUCUGUUUUAUUUCAUAAUAUGGAUGCUGAAAUUUCUGAAUUUCGUUCUGGGAUUUCACUUUGGAGUGGUUGUACAGCUGCUCUAUGUGUUAGGCUUGAUAGAGAUAUACAUAUAGCCUGGGCGGGUGAUUCUAGGGUUGUAUUAUAUCGCAUGUAUGCAUCUAAACCUGAGACAAUUUCUACAGAUGACAAUUCAUUAAAUAUUUCAUGGUGGACUACUUCAGAUCAUAUUCCAAAUCGUCCAGAUGAAUUAGCACGUAUACAUCAAUUUGGAGCAUCAGUUGUAGUUUAUCCUACACCAUGGCUUAAUAAAUCUACUACUAGAAUUAGAGAACAUGGAAUUGCAAUGAGUAGAUCUUUUGGAGAUAAAGCAGGUAGCCAAUAUGGUGUAAUUUGUAUACCUGAUAUGGCGACAAUCUCCCUUGAUAUGUGUGCUAAAAAGGAACCUGCAUAUGGUAUAGAUAAGUGGAUAGUAGUUGUAGCUUCUGAUGGAAUAUGGGAUUCUUUAUCUGAAGAGGAAGUAGGUUACUACAUAUGGAAAAACCUAGUUUUAAGAAAAGAUAUAUCUAAUCAAUCUAUAUUGACUGAUGAUGAUGUUUGGAAGGUAUCUCAUGAUAUUGCAAAGGAAGCAUGGGUAUUUAGAGCUACAGUUGAAAAUUACAGUGAUGAUACAACAAUCAUUAUUUCAGUACUGUAA